AUGAACGUUUCAGAUGCUAACGCCACAGUCUACAUGGAUUUCAUGAAGAAUCACUGCUGCUAUGACGCUAUUCCAACCAGUUGUAAACUGGUCAUAUUUGAUACCAAGCUCCAAGUGCAAAAAGCCUUCUUUGCACUGGUGGCAAACAGCUUGAGGGCCGCGCCUUUAUGGGACAGCAAAUUGAAGAAAUUUGUGGGUAUGCUUACUAUUACAGAUUUCAUCAACAUCGUUCAUUGCUACUACAAAUCACCUUUGGUGCAGAUGUAUGAGCUGGAGAACCACAAGAUUGAGACAUGGAGAGAUGUCUAUUUAAAGUGUUCCUGUCCGUUACUGAUCAGUAUUUCACCAGAUGCCAGUCUCUUUGACGCCAUCUAUUCCUUACUCAAACACAAGAUCCACAGGUUGCCCGUCAUCGAGCCAACGUCUGGGAAUGUCCUUCACAUUCUGACCCACAAGAGGAUCCUAAAAUUCCUUCAUAUUUUUGGAGAAACAAUACCCAAACCCACAUUCAUUCGGAGGCCGAUCCAGGAGACGGGCAUCGGAACGUUCAGGAACAUUGCCACCGUACAGCAAACGGCAACGCUUUACGAUGCCCUUGGCAUAUUUGUGGAUAGGAGGGUGUCGGCGCUUCCCGUGGUAGAUGAAAAAGGCAAAGUGGUGGCACUCUACUCCCGAUUUGAUGUCAUUAAUCUGGCAGCACAGAAGACUUACAACCACCUGGACGUGACGAUGCUGGAGGCUCUCCGUAAGCGCUCCUGUUUUGUGGAGGGGGUGAUCAAGUGUUAUCCAGAUGAAACCCUGGAGACUAUCAUUGAACGCAUCGUCACAGCCGAGGUGGAAAAUCCUCUGUUGUUUUUAUGUAUGUUGCAGGUUCACCGGCUCGUGCUGGUGGACAGGGCUGACGUGGUGAGAGGCAUCAUAUCACUAUCUGACCUACUUCAGGCGAUGGUCUUGACACCAGCAGGUAUUGAGGCCCUUUUAUGA